CCCUCUCCGCCGGCAGCAUACAAAAAUGAAGGUCCGAUCUUGGCUAUCAACAUGCUCCUCCGCCACCUGCAUCGCCACCUCCGCCGACUCCUCCGCCUCCCCAUCCCCAGCUCCUCCACCAAAAUCCCUAUUUUCCGACGCCAGCAGCAGCUACUCCGACUCCCAAACCAACUCCACCAACAGCAGCAGCAGCAUUCAAUCCAAUCUCUCUCUCCUCACCAUCCCCUCUCUCCCUUCCCUCCAAAAGCUCACUCUCUCCCCUCUCAACCCCUCCGCCGUCCUCCUCACCUCCCUCUCCCCCACCCGCCGCGGCCAAGUCCACUUCCUCGCCCUCCACAACCACCUCCUCUACGCCGCCUCCGCCGACCAAAUCCACGUCUACGAAACCAUUACCAACACUCUCCUCGACACCUUCUCCGCCGCCGGAGCCUCCGGCGCCGUAAAAUCAAUAACCUUCGGCCGCGGCAGAAUCCUCACCGCACACCAGGACUGCAAAAUCCGCGUCUGGAAAUUCACCGAUCGGAAAAAGCACAAACUCGUCACGACUCUCCCCACGCUCGAGGAUCGCCUCCGCCGCUCCAUCCUCCCCCAAAACUACGUCAAAAUCCGCCGCCACAACCACCGUCUCUGGAUCCAGCACCACGACGCCGUAUCCGGCCUCGCCGCCGCCGAAAAUCUAAUUUUCUCAAUCUCAUGGGACCGGAGCCUCAAAAUAUGGAACUCUGAGAAUCUACACUGCCUCCAAUCGAUCAACAAAGCGCACGACGACGCGAUCAACGCCGUGGCGGUGUCCAGCGACGGAUUGAUCUACACCGGCUCGGCCGAUCGGAAAAUCAAGGUGUGGAGCAGAGAGGAGAAGAAAUUCGCGGCGAUCGCGACGCUGGAGAAGCAUAAAUCGGCGGUUAACGCGCUGGCCCUGAGCGGGGACGGUUCGGUUUUAUUUUCCGGUUCGUGCGACCGGUCUAUUCUGGUUUGGGAGAGGGAGGACAGCGCCGGGCACAUGGCGGUGGCCGGGAGGUUGAGGGGUCAUGCAAAGGCGAUCUUGUGUUUAAUCAACGUCCGAGAUUUGCUCAUGAGUGGAUCGGCUGAUCGGACGGUCAGGAUUUGGCAGCGCGGAUUUGAUGGGAGAUUCUGCUGUUUGGCGGUUUUGGAUGGGCACCGGUGGCCCGUGAGGUCGAUUGCUGCGGCGGAGUGCGGCGGCGGUGUCAGAGUUUUUAGUGGUAGUUUUGAUGGGGAGAUUAGAGUGUGGGAACUUGGUUUUUGAAUUUUCAUACAACUCUAAUUUGAUUUUCAUUUAAAACUCUGGAAAUGUGUAUUAUUUUUUUUGUAUAGGUUUUUUAGUUGGAUUUUAUUAGAGUAACAUUG